AUGCGCGAAAUCGUCUGCGUUCAGGCUGGCCAAUGCGGCAACCAGAUCGGCUCAAAGUUCUGGGAGGUGAUCAGUGACGAGCACGGUGUGGACCCCACAGGUACCUACCAGGGUGACUCUGACCUGCAGCUGGAGCGCAUCAAUGUGUACUUUGAUGAGGCAACGGGAGGUCGCUAUGUGCCCCGCUCCGUGCUGAUUGAUCUGGAGCCAGGUACAAUGGACUCCGUACGUGCUGGCCCCUAUGGUCAGAUCUUCCGCCCCGACAACUUCAUCUUUGGACAGUCUGGCGCCGGCAACAACUGGGCAAAGGGCCACUACACGGAGGGUGCGGAACUGAUCGACUCUGUGCUCGAUGUGUGCUGCAAGGAGGCGGAGAGCUGUGACUGCCUCCAGGGCUUCCAGAUCUGCCACUCCCUUGGUGGUGGUACUGGCUCCGGCAUGGGUACGCUGCUCAUCUCGAAGCUUCGCGAGCAGUACCCUGACCGUAUCAUGAUGACUUUCUCCAUCAUCCCAUCCCCCAAGGUGUCCGACACUGUCGUCGAGCCGUACAAUACGACUCUCUCCGUGCACCAACUUGUGGAAAACUCCGAUGAGUCGAUGUGCAUUGACAACGAGGCACUGUACGAUAUUUGCUUCCGCACCCUGAAACUGACAACACCAACGUUCGGUGACCUGAACCACUUGGUGUCUGCUGUUGUGUCCGGCGUCACCUGCUGCCUGCGCUUCCCUGGUCAGUUGAACUCUGACCUCCGUAAGUUGGCUGUGAACCUUGUCCCAUUCCCGCGUCUGCACUUCUUCAUGAUGGGCUUCGCCCCGCUGACCAGCCGCGGCUCGCAGCAGUACCGCGGUCUCUCCGUGCCCGAGCUAACGCAGCAGAUGUUCGAUGCGAAAAACAUGAUGCAAGCUGCAGAUCCUCGUCACGGCCGCUACCUGACAGCGUCUGCACUCUUCCGCGGCCGCAUGUCGACGAAGGAGGUUGAUGAGCAGAUGCUGAACGUGCAGAACAAGAACUCGUCCUACUUCAUUGAGUGGAUCCCGAACAACAUCAAGUCCUCUGUUUGCGAUAUCCCACCCAAGGGACUCAAGAUGGCUGUCACCUUCAUUGGCAACAACACCUGCAUCCAGGAGAUGUUCCGCCGUGUGGGAGAGCAGUUCACCCUCAUGUUCCGUCGCAAGGCGUUCUUGCACUGGUACACUGGCGAGGGUAUGGACGAGAUGGAAUUCACGGAGGCAGAGUCCAACAUGAACGAUCUCGUGUCUGAGUACCAGCAGUACCAGGAUGCCACGAUUGAGGAGGAGGGCGAGUUCGACGAGGAGGAGCAAUACUAG